AUGACGGAGAAGAAGGAAAUCGAGAGAUCGACCUCUCCGCCAUCGGACUCGGAUGGCAAGCAGGACACCAGCGACAUUGUGAAAAUCGAGCCGACCGACGAGGAGCUCGAGCAGACAAAGAACCGAAUCCUUCGCGAGCAAGCCGAACUCCGCCAACAAGAUGCCCCCAUCAUCCCGAUUCUCUCCUUCUUCAAGAAACGAAGCGGCUACGAUCCGAAAGCCAUCGCGACGCAGCCUUCGGUGUACGACAACCCCGCGACCGCCAAGUUCUUCCAACCGCACCCGCGCUAUGAGAACUUGCACCGCUUCGACCCCACCUUCCGCUGGACUUGGGAAGAAGAGCUUCCCCUGAUAACCAGGAUGGACUUUCGGAUAACGCUGUGGGCUUGCAUUGCAUUCUUUGCUCUUGAUCUUCCUCGAGGCAACCUCAGCCAGGCAAACUCGGCAUCCUUCCUCCAGAGUUUGGGCAUGGACACCAACGACUACAACCUGGGGAACACUGUCUUUCAGAUAUCCUUCUUGUGCGCUGAACUGCCGUCCCAAAUGGUAAGUAAGAAGCUGGGACCGGACCGUUGGAUACCUUUCCUCAUGUGCUCUUGGAGCAUCGUGUCCGGGUGCCAGUUCUGGCUCAGCGGAAGGACAUCUUUCCUUGUCUGUCGUGCCCUCUUGGGCGUGCUUCAGGGAGGCUUCAUCCCGGACAUUGUGCUCUACCUCACGUAUUUCUUCAAGUCCACGGAGCUACCUUUCCGGCUGGCCAUGUUCUGGACUGUUCGGCGUAUCACGGACAUCGUCGCUCCGUUGCUUGCCGUAGGAGUCCUUCGGAUGAACGGCAUCGCCGGCCGCGAGGGAUUCAGGUGGCUUUUUUUGAUUGAAGGAAUCAUCACCUUGUCCAUCAGCAUUUGGUCUUGGUUUGCCAUGGCUGCCUCGCCAACCCAGACCAAGGCGUGGUGGCGUCCCAAAGGUUGGUUCACCGAGCACGAGGAGAAGAUUCUGGUGAAUCGCAUCCUCCGCGACGAUCCGUCCAAAUCCGACAUGCACAACCGCCAAGCAAUCACCCCGAAGCUUCUUCUCAAGUCUCUGGCCGACUAUGAGUUGUGGCCCAUCUACAUCUUCGGUCUGCUUUGGGAGAUCCCGGCUGGACCCCCCGACCAAUACCUCACGUUGACACUCAGAGAACUCGGCUUCGAUUCACAGGACACCAAUCUACUGAGCAUUCCUCCUCAGUUUCUUGGCGCGAUUUGCAUGUUGAUCAUGACCUAUCUCUCCGAGAUUUGGGACACAAGAGCGCUCUUCGGCGCGUUCACGCAGUUGUGGUACCUGCCCAACUUGGUCGCAAUGGCCGUCUUGCCAUCCAAUACCAGUCCCUGGGCGCAGUAUGCUGUUGUCACUGUCCUUUUGUCGUAUCCAUCACCACAUGCCAUGCACGUUUCAUGGGCAUCUCGAAACUCUCACUCCGUUCGCACCAGAGCUGUAUCGGCAGCAUUGUACAAUAUGAUGGUUCAACUUGCUCGUGUUAUUUACUCCAACAUCUACCGAGAGGAUGAUCGCCCUGAGUACCGUCGUGGUAACAGGGUUCUCAUUGGAAUCUGCUGCAUGAACAUCUGUGUGUAUCUCCUCGCGAAGCUUUUCUACAUGUGGUGCAACAAGAAGAGGGAGAAAGAAUGGAAUGCCAUGACGGAGGAGCAACAAAUUCACUACCUCGAGACUACAAAAGACCAAGGCAGCGCCCGAAAAGACAUUCGAUUCAAGCAUUAA